UAAAGUUCGCGCGAAAGGCGUCGCUCGCUCGCUCGCUAUCGCCGGUGACCCCCCACCCGUCCCUCGCUCCUCAAGCCCCUUAUCUCUCUCGGCGAUGCUCUUAGCUCGGGGGGUCUCCGUGCCGGCAAGCGCGGGGUGGACUCGCCUUCACGCUGCACGCAUGGCGACAGCGGCGGCGGCGGCGUCUCCGGGCAAGGAGAGCGGCGGUGGUGGUGGUGGGAGACUCGCGGGCAAAGUGGCGAUUGUGACUGCGUCGACAGACGGCAUCGGCUACAGCAUCGCGGAGCGUCUGGGGCGCGAGGGAGCGCAGGUGAUGAUCAGCAGCCGCAAGGCGGACAACGUGGAGCACGCGCUGGGCCGCCUGCGCGCUCAGGGAUUGCUCGUGUCCGGCACGGUGUGCCACGUCGGCAAGGCUGAGCACCGCUCACAGCUCAUCGCCAAGACAAUCAAAGAGUUUGGAGGGAUUGACAUCCUGGUCUCGAACGCUGCCGUGAAUCCUUUUGCUGGAGACAUUCUGGACUCGACUGAAGAAGUGUGGGAUAAGAUCCUGGACAUAAAUGUCAAGUGCAUGUUUAUGAUAACCAAGGAGGUCGUCCCACACAUGAAGACCAGAGGCGGAGGCUCCGUCGUGCUCGUGGCCUCCAUCGCGGGCUACCAGCCGUUCAGCGAGCUGGGCCCGUACAACGUGAGCAAGACGGCCCUGCUGGGCCUCACCAAGACUCUCGCUCCACGGCUCGCCCCCAUGAACAUCCGCAUCAACUGCCUUGCACCGGGCAUCAUCAAGACGCGCUUCAGCUCGUUCCUCUGGGAGAACAAGGACAUGCUCGGCGAGUUUGUGAAACACAUACCCAUGGGACGCAUCGGCGAGCCGGAGGAGUGCGCGGGCACCGUGGCCUUCCUCUGCUCCGAGGACUCGGCCUACAUGACGGGCGAGACGCUGGUGGUGGCGGGCGGGUGCCCGUCGCGGCUCUGAGGAGCCAGCCGUGCUUUCCCGGUCGCGGCUCGGCGACCCCCCCGACCUCCGGCAGGUGAUUGAGUGUCGUGAAAGCGACCGCUUCACGUCAGACAUGGCGUUGGGCGGUUGCGCGGAGCAGGAGGGUGGCGGCACGGACGGAGAUUCACCGCGGGGCACGGGUGGGCACGGGUGGGCACGGCGGCUCCCUCGCCAGGAACAUGGGGCGGGCACGCGCCACCGCCGCAGGAUCACCAUUUGCAGAUCGUGUCGCCAAUUCUGUGACGUGGGUUCGAUUCAAGAUAUCGGAGGGAGACGGAGCAACAGCUGCGAGAAUUUGGGGGUGAUGUGUUUGCGCUGAUACAGAGGAUGCUGUGCCAUCGCAGCCCUCAAAACACAAUCGUCGUAUAAUCUCUUCCCAUUAUAUAUUUUUGUUGUUGACGGAUGGGAAGAAAGAAAAGCACGCGAGUGUGCGUGGAUUCCGGAAACGGUGUCAAACGCGUGGUCUGUUCCCUGCGCGUAAUUAAUUAGCGAAGAAUAACGGUAACCUUGGCGCCAGGCAAAACAAGGAGGCAUCGCCGUGUUCCGGCUGAGGUGAGGCAGCGGCGCUGCCACGGGGAAGGGCAACUUACGCGUUGGUUUGUGUCUCCAAGUUUAUGGGCAGCACCUUUGGUCAAUUUGGUCGGUCUCAAUCGAGUAAGUCGCUGAAGGGCAGCAUACAUUUACGCGAAAGUUAAUUUCAAAUUGGACAUCUUGGCGUGAGUUUGCCGUGAUCCCACGUUAUGGACGGACGGACAGGCAGGCAGGCAGGCAGAUGGACGAUCAGAUGAAAUGCACAAACACUUUCGGUCAUAGUUGCGGGGCAUUAAUAAAAAAGCGAGAAAAUACGACGGCUGCAUGCAGAGGCUGAGCACCAGUGAUUGACAGCAUCCCUGAUUUUAAUGAAUAAGUAACGCAGCGAAGGCAUAAUUACCGAGUUACAGAGAUGUCAAUGUCACCAUUAAAAAUGUGCUCUAAUGACAACGACAUGGAAAUGCUUUGUUGACAGUGUAAACUUUGAUGUCUAACGAUGCAUUAGCAUUCAUUAAUGCAUCGGGGUGCUGCACAGUGAUGUAGAGUCAAAGUUUUAUUUUUUCUUUCCCCCAAUUUAGAAUGAUGUGAAUGAUUAACGAGGGAAAGUGACUGCCACUAUAAUUGAACUACAUGAUAUCGCUGGGAUAAUGGCGUGCGAUUAUAGGGGGGUGGGGGGUAAUAGGAAAUGUGACUUGAAUUUCAGGCUAUGGCCAUAGUCGGUGGUCAAUGAUGUCUGAAGCACGUUCUGACCGUGCCUCGUCAACCAAAUUGACCAGUACGGUGAUCAAAAUUGCGUGGCUGAGACUUUCAUUGUCCAGCGAUGGAUUGACAGAAUUUAAUUAUAUUUUUUAGGAUGACUUCCAAGUAAAUAUACGCAGAGUGUGUGCUUAACAGUUAUGUAUUUGAAUGAAGACAAAAUCUAACUUUUAACAUUUAUAUCGUACACGAAACAGCGUCUGUAGUAUAAUAUCCAUUACACUGCUGCGUAUCGUUACUAUAUGCACAAUUAUACUGGCAAACGUCAAAGUUAAUAAAAAAUAGCGGUAUUUGGGGAAAA